AUGAUGUCAACAACACAUGAAGACAACACUACUUCCGACGAUCCUUUCUACAUUUUGAACAACGGUACUCGUGUCCCGGUACUAGCAUUUGGAUUAUACAAGAUCCCAGGAACCAACGAGGGGGAGGAAAUCAUCAGCAGUGCCAUCAAAUCCGGAUAUCGACAUUUUGACACAGCGUCACUUUACCAGAACGAGCAGAUACUAGGCAAUGCCAUACGCAAGAGUGGAAUCGCUAGGGACAGAUUCUUUGUUUCCAGCAAGGUUUGGAAUGAUGCACAAAAGGAAGGAAGGUCAGCUGUCCGCGACAGUGUUGAGAAAAGUUUGAAAUUGCUAGGGUUUGUUUGGUUGGAUCUUGUUUAUAUCCAUUGGCCAGUUCCAGAGUGUUACAUCGAAACCUACAAAGAGUUACAGGCGCUUCAUUCAGAAGGGAAAAUACGAGGCAUAGCCUUGAGCAACUUCGGAAUAGAAGAAUAUCAAAACUUGCUGCGGUCGAAGGAGAUGACAAUACUGCCAACUUGCAACCAAAUCGAAGUAUCACCAUUCAUGUACAGACCAGGAAUCAUAGAUUAUUUCGAGAAGCAAAACAUCGUAGUGGCAGCGAGUAAGGCCCUCCAUCGUGCUGUUGGAAUGGAUGAGGGCGCUGUCGCAUCCAUUUCCAGAAAGCACUUGGUGACCCCAGCUCAGAUAAUGGUUCGUUGGGCACUCCAAAAGAGGUUGAUUGUAGUCGUUAAAACAUCCCAGGUUCAACGAAUGAAGGAGAAUCGAAGUGUGCUGCACUUUGCUCUGAGCGACGAAGAAAUGCAAGCAUUGGAAACUUUGACAUCUCCAGAGGACAUUGCUGACCGAGCAGCGCUUGAGAUCAAACGGCGGAAUGGUGCCUGA